AUGAAUAAACGUCGGUGCACACAACUCGGCGAAGGUUAUGUGGGAGAAAACUCUACAGAUUCAGUGUCUGCGGGAAAGCCAGCACCGAGCCCCACCUACGGCCAGCCACGGACCGCUGGACCUGAGCCCGGGAGACACAGUAACGGCAACCUUGUGGCAGUUCGGGAUCGGAUGGGAAAGGGUGCCAGUCAGACUUGGCGCAACUCUAAAGAAAUCUACUACCUUUCGGACAGAGAGCUAACAUUGGCGGUUUCUAACGGCCGCCGUGCCCAUUUGCGAAAGCUGGAUUUGACAGCGGAAGCUUUGGCUCGGUUUGCCAUCGGUCGCGAUUCUAACGCUGAACCCAGGAUUGUUGAGGUCGUGGGCGUUUUCGAUGUUUCGAGUCUUCACUAUAUUUUCCUGGAGGAAAUGCAAAUUAACCUCAACCAUGUCGUGCAGUGUGCUAUUUAUCCGACAAACUCCGAAAUGGUCGCCAUCCUGGUACAAAUUUUAGACGGCUUAGUGUUUCUUGCGAAGCACAAUUUAGGGCAUGGGCGGCUGGACUGCCAUACGAUCUUUGCAAACCUUCAAGGUCAUGUUAAACUUGCAAAUCAAGAAUACUUUCAAGAAAUGACACCUGAGAUUGGCGUGUUAAACGCAAGGGCUAUGCACAAAAUCACACUAAGGCUAAUGUAUAAAGAUGAUCCGAAAAUCGAAAAUCAACGUCAAUGGCAAAGUUUCCACAAUUUUGUUGACAUGGCCGCAUCAUCCGACUCUGCAGUCAAACUCCGCGAGGAGGGUGUUUUAAGCUCUUGCUGGACAAAAGAGUCACUUGUGGGGCUUUUUGCUUUGGCUGAGGUGAAUAGUACGCGGCGUUACAAGGUUGUUUCAGAGGAACCCGGAAAGAGCUAG